AAUAAUAAUAAUAAUAAUAAAAUCAAACAUCAAACAUGGAGUGAUUUGUUAAGUGAAGCACAUUCAAAACAAAAUGUAACGAGCGCAACGUUACGUGGAGGAGUCGCGCUUUCCAAUCAUCACCAAACACUUCAAAUUUAAACGAAAGAGAAAUCCCAAUUCUUUCAUUCUGUAUCUCAGCUUCAUUUCUGCAUCAAUGGCUAACAGCGACGACGGUUAUCAUACGAUCCAACUCCCGCCCAAUCCUUCCCUUUCUCGGCCGUCGUCGUCGUCUCCGCCCAUCCCCCUCCUGUUGCGCGGCUUUCACACCAGCGACACCAUUCAAGUCCGAGGCGACACCGGCGAUUUGCAAUUCUCUGUUCAGUUCAACCUCCGUAGAGAAGAACGCCGUUCCGACAACCGUCUCGAUUUCCAAGAGGAGCACAUAGAUUCUCGCGAUUCCGUGCAAUCACCGCCGUCUUCGCCGUACCUGACUCCAACUUCUUCAACUGGCGAGUUCGAGAAUCGCAACAAUAGCGCCGAUGAAAAUAAUUCAGGAUCGUCGAGGGGUGGCGUCACAACGCGGUUGAGGAGCGGCGCAUUGUCUCCGGUGAAGUACUAUUUUCGCCGGAUCUAUGGUGUUUCCGGUAAGAAAAGGAGGUCAAGUAAGGGUAAAGCGGAAGAGCGGAACGUGUUCGACGAAUUGCUGAGGAGACGGAGUUCGCCGCUGAGGCCGUGCAAUUCCUACGCGUUCUUCGUGAUGAAGAAUUGGGGCGUGGUUAGACGCUCUUCGUUUGUGGAAACGAGCAAGAGGUUGAGCAAGCAGUGGUCCCACCUCGCUCACGACGUGAAGAAGGAAUACGAGGAUAUGGCUUUGAAGGAUAAUGAUAGAUAUAGGAAGCAAUGCUUGCUACUAAGCAACGAUGGUUGAGCAAAGAAUCACCUCUUCCUCCGGUUAAGGUUAUUAAACCUUGGAAAAUAUGAUUCAUAUCUGUUUAUUAUGUAAUUAAAUUCAUACAAUGUACCCCAACUGAAAUAGUUUUAGAUAUAUAUAGAAAGGAGUAUUGUAGAUUGUCUAUUGAAUGAA